AUGCCUCCACGAAUUCGCCUUUCAAGUGGCUGCAUCCCCCAGCCGCUCCGCCGGCAAAGGCUCCUCUGUCAACAUGAGCUGCCCAUUCUCACAAGAUACGCGAGUACCGCUGCGACAGCUACGACCCCCGCCGCGUCGCCAGAACAGAUGACACACUCUGCUGCCCCCAUUGCUAGAUUUCCUCCGUCUCAACCUCCCUCACAUCGCAAUCCCGAGUACCGUCGGUCGCAGCUUCUCCGACAGUAUACAUCGCUCAUCCGUACUACACCUCUUAUGGUGUUUCUGCAGCACGAUAACCUUCAGUCGGUGGAGUGGGCUGCCAUCCGGCGAGAAUUGAGCAAGGCUUUGCAGAAAGUGGACGAGCAGAUUGCCUCCGAGGGACGCUCCCUCCCUCCGAUUGCUCCUCACGUCAAGGUGCAAAUUGUUCAGACUAGCAUCUUUGAGGUUGCCCUCCGUAUCGUCGAGUAUUUCCGACCCAACACCUCCACGAUCGAAGCCGGCCAGACCCCCAGCGCUGUCGACCCCAUCACGCAAACGUCUGCCGAAGUCCCUCUCUCUGGAUCGAGGGACGAUCCCACUCUGUCACACGACCUUUCCCGCGCGGCUCACGAUGCCGUCCUUCGUAUGAAGGGCAAGCACGAAUUGGCACCAGUCUUGGUUGGACCAAUUGCAGUCUUGAGCAUUCCUCAGAUGUCUCCGGAACAUCUCAAAGCUGCGCUGACAGUCCUUGCUCCCAAGGCUGCUGGCUUCCCUGUUCCCACUCGCAAGGCCAACCCAGGAUGGCACGAGCUGCCUGUCCAGAACGGUCUGAAUAAGCUGGCUCUUCUUGCCGCGCGUGUGGACGGUAAGGUGUUUGAUGUCGAGCAGACCAAGUGGGUUGGUAGUAUCGAGGGUGGUAUGGAUGGUCUGCGGUCACAGCUUGUUAUGGCCCUGCAAAGCAUGGCAUCUAGCGUCACCAACACUUUGGAGGGCGCUGGCAAGAGCUUGUACUUCACUCUUGAGAGCAGGAGGAGCGUCCUGGAGGAGGAGCAGAAGGGCCCAAGUGAUGAGAAGACCGACGCUUAA